AUGUCGGAUGCUGCCAAGACCAACAUCAACACUCGCAUGCCCAAGGGGGCAAAGCGUCCCAAGACAUCGCGCGCCUGCCUGGCCUGUCGCAAGCUCAAGGCAAGAUGCGAGCCGGCCGGUGGUUCCAAAACCCCUGCCACUGACGACUUACAAUCCUCCAAUCCGACCUUCCACAUCUGUCAUCGCUGCAAGACUCUGUGUAUCGAUUGUCUAUAUGAGAGUCCCUCAGGUCAAGUUGUUAAAGGCGAGGACCUGCAGCCAGAUACGUCCACGCCAUCGCCUGCAGCUGAACACAAUCGACCUCCGCGUUCUAGCAAACGAUCCAGGUCAGACGAUGUCAACGCCGCCGCUUUGGAUCCUUCCAGCAACGAUCGCGCCGUUUUCCUGUCCCCAUCCAUCUCGCCCAGCGCCCUCACACGCUCCAUCUACCGCGACAUCGACAUUUGCUCCCUCAACACACCCUUACCUACGAACUUGGAACGGCCUGUACUGCCCGCAACGGCUUUCUCACGCCUCAUCGGUACCGCUCCGACGCUCAAGCCUGAUGCACAGCAAUUCAUUCUCGGAUUGUCCGGAGCCUUUGGCCAAGGCGAGACAGCGUAUCAGGACUGGAAACAAGCGCCUCCCAAUCUCUGCUUGGGCAAAACCGCUGCACUACUUCUGUCGGGUCAGAGCGCUCCACCGCCUUAUCCACACGAUCAGGUCGAUUAUCUAACCCGUGAAUUGCAAUCUUUUGAGCAUUCUCUACGCAUCCUCUUCCAGGGUCUAUACGGUCCUUUCUCCCCUUUCCUCUCGAUCCCUUUCGAAGACUCGCUCACACUUGCCACAUGUCAGGGCGAGGCGCAGUGUUUCCUGCUUUUAUCUAUCUAUCUGGUUGCAUUGCCUCAUCUCGACUCCAAGCUGCCAAUAGGCGCAGCCAAAAAGCCACUCCGAAAAGCGGUGGAUGCCUUGUUACGUCGUGCCAUUCACAGGCCGCACAUAGACCACCUCAACAUCUUUGCUCUGCAUAGUUGCGCUUCCUUCUUGCUCUUGCCUGUUGACGGCUUCGUAGAUAACCACCGGCCCCUUUCAACACCAGAGCAGGAAAACGACGGCUUGCUCGAAUUUGCACUUGACCUCAAUCCAAGAGCAGCCAUCAUCUCGGCGCUCAUCGUGGCGCAACGCCUCGGCUACGCCAGCCUUGCAGCCAAAUUGCCUUCAAUCCGUCUGUCCUUCGAGGCAGACUCGCCGCCCAAUAGCUACGCCAGCGACUCGGCUCGUGACGAGUACGCCCACGCCGUCUUGUGCACCUUUACCUGGCUCACCUUGCUCCAGUUCCGCGCUUCCGUUGACGUAGCCGAAGAUCGCAUUGAGUGGGACUCUCUGGCUCAAUUCGAACACGAACUCUCGCGUGUUCGUAUUGAUGCCUUAACAGCAUCUCUAUUGCCUCCUCCACCGUUCCUAUCGCCUCGCGAACAGAGCCGAUGCUGUUGGAUGGCUCAGCGUGCAGAGCUGUACGGCAUCGCCCGUGACCUCCGCCACACAAGACGCGCUGCUGCCUCGUUCUCCAAGAAGGAGGCCGAGGAGCAGGCCACAGGUUACAAGAAGGCGCUCGACGAGUGGCGCUACAAAUUCAACGAGCAGAUGCGUAGCAUGAGUACCGAGUUUCGAAAAGAUCCGCGCGGUCUUGGUCUGCAUCGUUACUACUCGAUCUUCUCCAAUGCCGAGGCGCAAUCGCUCCAAGUUUGCAUCGGCUCCGUCUACCACAAAGAGUUCGCCGCCGACAUGCGGCAGCGACUUCAAGAUCCGUUCUACUUAGACCAUCUUCCAUGGAAGUCAGCAGCCACCAUCCUGCUCGGUCACGAAAGCGAUCGUAUCACAAAGGCCAUUCUCAUCAAUUUUGCCUUCACGGACGCUAUGCUCAAAGCACUCGGCCUCAUUUCCAGCUUGACACCCGUCAUGCCGCAGCUCUACGACUUUGUCUCGUACGAAGAGACCGUUGGUAGCGAAAUCCCUUCGCUCUGUAUCGUUGCACCGCCCAACAUCCAAGCAGGACUGUUCGCGGUCCCCGUGCUUGCCGCAGCCGAUUUACGUCUUUCUGUGAUAGAAGCGUGGGGCGCGAGCGCAUCCUACUUUAAUCCUCAUCUCCUGCCAUUGCUGACCAACUGCGUCAAAUCGUUGCGCGCAUGUCACGUCAAUGUUGACAUGCCCGGUGUGCUCAAGCUGCCGUUCAUCACCGCCAAUCCUAUCGCUGACUACCUACAAGGUCCCUUCGAGAUUCUCAUGAGGAAGGUUGCCGCCGCCGAGGAACGACUACAAAUCUCGCAUGUGGAGAGCAUCCUUAGCAACGCUUUCCUCCUUUCGAGCAAGAAGAAAGAGAUCAACAAUUUAGCUGAAGAGCUUGCUCCCGACGCGCCCGAGAUGGUGCAGGCGAUUGCCGACAGUCAGAAGGUCCAAGACGAGAUCUCGGCGAGCAUGAUGGGCUCACUCCAUGUGCAAGCUAUCCAGGAAAUUGAGGACACCGAGUUUGCGGUCAAGGUCUUCGGCUCGGACAUGCGCGAGGGCGACGUGAGGCCGAUUCGUAAGUCGGAUCGAAGUAUGACGGGAAGUGCCGCCACAACACCAGAUGCUGACGGUCUGAGAAAAGUCGCUGGCGCUGGAAGGUCUGACAGCAUCGAAAGUGAACAGACGGGUAGCCCAUCCAAUCAGGCAACAUCGUCCAUGCAGCCUACACCGAUGCACCGUAGCGUACGAACGUUGGCAAACACAUCGCAACUCUCUAGUCCAGGUUCAUCCACGCAGUCAGCUUCGCCCCUGCAUCCGGAGCCGCCAAUCGUGUCGAAGGAUGCUGCUAAAGGAUUGCAUGCAUACGACACGCAGGGUCUGGAGUUAACAUACUCAUCUGCGACUUAUCCAGCCUCGUCCAUGACGGCGCCCCCUCAGCACCCGCUGCCGCCUCCAGCAUCAUCGGCGUAUCCGGAUGCUAUACAGCCGGCGAUGCAGUCCGGACUAGCGUAUCCGGCGACGUAUCCGGAUGGUGGCGCCCGGCUACAAGUAGCGCUAUCCGACUCGACUCGACAUCAAUUACACGACAGUCAACCAGCAAAUUCCGACUAUCUUCCGCAUUCUGUAGCGACGGCGACGUAUGGAUCGUCCUUGGCCUCAGACCCACGAUAUCAAGCUGGGGAUGUGGUCGGCGCUUCCGUUAACGAAGCUGGAAGCACUUGUCGCAUUAACGCACCCGUGGAUGCUUAUAUUUAUCGUCCUGCCUCUGAAGUACCGCAAAUGCAUGCUGCCAACGGCGCUUAUGAUCCUCCUGAACGGCGUCUUUCUGGCGUAAAGACCGAGGAUGCUGGAUUCGACAGCCACUAUCCACAGGAACCCAUUGUGACGGCCGGCACCGCGAACAUACCAAAUUCUGAGGUCUGGUCUCUGCCUCGUCCUUCAGCUGUGCAGCUGCAAUUCCAGCACGAUCACCCACAGCAGCAGCAGCAGCAGCAGCAGCACUCGCAGCAGUACGAUGGACCCUACCCGGCCCCGAACGGGAUCCGCCCGCAGAUCAAGUACGAGGCUUGUCCGGACGCUUCCGUACAACGUCAUGCGGACGUGAGUUCGGCGCAGGGUCACGCACAGGGCGGCUCGUACUACAUGACUCAGCAGCACCCGCAGCGCUAUGGCAGUCACGCUGAUCUUCAAUACCAGAUGGGCUAUCCCAACGCUGCAGACAGCGGCCACCACCAGACUCAGCACCAUCAAAUGCAUCCACCAGGCCAUCACGGAAUCGACGGCCAAUACGCUUCGCACCAGCAGCCGCAACAACCACACCAGACUGAGGGACAGCCACCGACAUCCGCCAUCUGGGAGGCGUGGAGCUGGACACCUGCUCAACAACAGCAGCAGCAGUACGCGCAACAUGCGCAGUAUCAUCGUGGCGGCUGA